AUGCCUGACUUGGACCUCACACUGCAACACUGCUACAAGGACAGCUGGCAAGUCUCUCAAAGCUGGUUAGGAUCAGUUGUGCGUGUGUUGGCAGUGUAGGAGGAUGGCGGAGGGAAACGCUUCCGCCUCCUGUUCAAGAACAACAGUGACCACAGCAGUGGUGCUAGGCAAUACGAACAGCUCGUCAACACAUGUAUCUGCCGUAGUGCAUAGCAAUUCCAGUGACUGUGAUACAAGUGAUAGUAUUUGUAGCGUCGCUGCAGAAAGUACGACUUUAUUCAGUGCUAUAUUAGCUGCCAGAAGACCGCAUAUUCCCAAACUGGAAACUCUUAGGCAUUCUCCUCCUCAGUGUUCGCCUACGCUGAUCUCGACAGUGCCUCAGCCGACAACAGAACAAUGCGAUUCAUCGAGAACUCUUAGCAUAUCUUUCAGUGAACUUUCUUACUCUGUUAAAACUGGAAUUAAGAGAGAAUCGAAAUGCAUCUUGAAGAGGGUAAGUGGAGAAUUCCAAAGUGGGGAACUAACGGCCAUCAUGGGACCUUCAGGAGCUGGCAAAUCCACACUUAUGGACAUCAUUGCGGGAUACACUACAAAUGGUGUUACUGGUUCAGUAAGAGUGAAUGGUUUCGAGCGGGAUAUCCAUCAAUUUCGGAAACAGUCAUGCUAUAUUAUGCAAGAUGACAAAGUUCAACCUUUGCUCACUGUUCAAGAAGCCAUGAAAGUUGCUGUCAGCCUCAAGCUUGGACCUGAAUUUUCCUCUAGAUAUAAGUUGGAAAGGGUGGACCAAAUUCUAAACUCCAUGGGCUUAUCUGAGGUGAAGAAAACAAAAAGCAGAAGUCUCUCUGGUGGACAGCGAAAAAGGCUUGCCAUUGCCCUUGAACUAGUCAACAACCCACCAGUUAUGUUCUUUGAUGAACCAACAAGUGGUCUUGACAGUUCUACAUCAAGGCAGUGUUUAACAGUGCUCAAGCGGCUGGCUACAGAGGGUCGUACUGUGGUCUGCACUAUCCACCAGCCAAGUGCCACACUGUUUGAGAUGUUUGAUCACUUGUAUGUCAUUGCAGACGGAAUGUGCAUCUAUCAAGGAAGCAUUAAGGGUAUGGUACCCUACUUAUCUGAAGUGGGGUUGGACUGUCCACAGUACCACAACCCUGCAGAUUUUGUGCUGGAAGUGUCAACGGGUGAGUAUGGAGACCACAACGGAGCACUUGUUGCAGCCAUAAAGAAUGGAAAAUGUAAUGACUGGAGAAGAAGACAACCAGAAAGAAGCUCUUUCUCCUACCAUGGAGCAAUGCCACCAAGUUCAAUGAUUCCUGUCUAUGUACCCUGCAUUCCACCUACUCCAGCAUCAGCCCAUGACAGUCAUGUGCAUGAGACUGAAACUAAGCAUGGUGAUACUACAGAGAGCCAUAUCAGAGACCAUCCUACUUCUCUCUUGAGUCAAUUUGUUUGUCUGCUUAAAAGAACAUUCCUCCUGAUCCUCAGGGACAAGUUUCUGACAGUGGCUCGAUUAACGAUCCACAUGAUUGUUGGUGUUCUAAUCGGGUUAAUUUAUUACAAGAUUGGAAAUGAUGCUGCUCAUGUGUUCGAUAAUAUAGGUCUCCUCUACUUCAGUAUCAUGUUCCUGAUGUUCACUGCCUUUUCCUCAAUGAUACUCACAUUUCCAUCUGAGAUUCCAGUCAUCUCUAGAGAAUAUUUUAAUCGCUGGUAUUCACUGAAGUCCUACUAUCUUGCAGUCACAGUUGCUGAUGUACCUUUGCAGAUCAUUUGCUCAGUUGGCUACACACUCAUAGUAUAUCACAUGACAGCACAACCCCCUGAUGUGAUGCGCUAUGUUCUUUUCGUCACAAUAUGCACUAUGGUAGCAAUGGUGGCUCAGAGCAUUGGCCUUCUCAUUGGAGUGUCCAUGAGUAUUCAGAAUGGAAUGGUAUGGGGUGCAUUAGCAAUAAUGCCAUUCAUGAUCUUCUCUGGUUACUUUGUGCAUAUGAAUGAUGCACCAACAUAUUUCCGGUGGUUGUUCCACAUCAGUUACCUCAAGUAUGGUUUUGAUGGAGCAUUGAUUUCUAUCUAUAGCUAUGAGCGCAAAGAACUAGAAUGCUCCAUUGACUACUGCCACUACACAAACCCCAAGAAAUUCCUCAAAGCACUUGACAUGGGCAAUGAUAAUUACUGGUUCAAUUCUAUCAUCCUUGGUGUCAUGUUUUUCUCUUUGAGAUUCCUCUGUUACUUUAUUUUACUCUAUAGACUUAAGAACAGGUAUUGACAUAUAGAAUUUUGUUCAGUAAUAUUUUAAUAUUACAUUCUAAUCAAAUUUGUUACAUAAAAUCAGAAAUAUUUCAAGUAUAUAUGACAAAGCUCCUCAGUUCUAGAGUUGCAAACAGAUGUAUAUCAUUUUUCUCUCCAGAAAGUUAUCUUACUGGAAUUGUCUGGUCACCAGUUGUACAUAUCAUACUAUAACUGAUUUUCCAUAAGUAAGUAAAUAUUUCCACCCUCUCUAAAUGUUAACAAAUAAUAUAACUACAGGAGUUUCCAUAUUGCUCACAAAUAAAAGUGAAAAAAUUUCUCUUUCCUGCCAUAUGCAGGUUUGUGGUAAAACACCUGUUCAGAGGGAUAAUAGUUUAUGAUGUUCUGAAAAAGUGAUAAAUUAUUUAAUCCCAGAAGCAACAUUGUACAAUUAUACAAGGGCUAUCCAGAAAGUAAUAUCUGCUGAGCUGUUAACAAAACAAUGAGAAAAAAUGAUUAUAUACAUGAAAUACAUACAUACUUAAGCUACUUCUGAAUGUAGUCAGUGCCAGAACUAAGGCACUCAUAUCGGGGAAUAAGUUUUUGUAUGCCUGUACCAAAGAAGUCUACUGCAUGUGAGCUCAGCCAUGCUUUCACAUCUUCCAUGUACUCCUCAUUACUGCUGAACCACUGUGAUCACAACCAGUUUUUUACAUAGGUAAACAGGUCGUAGUCACUCAGAGAAGGAUUGGGGCUGUAGGGAGGGUGGUCAAAUAACUCCUAGCUGAAAUGCUCCAGCAGUAAUCAAGUGUGAGCAGCUGUAUACAGACGUAUAUUGCAAUGGAGGAGCACUACAACAGAUGUCACCAUUCUGUGUCUUUUGUUUUGAACGGCCUUAUGCAGUUCUCUUUUAGUGUUCCACAAUACACUCGUGAUGUUAUUGCAGUCCUUCGUUGCACGAAUUCUACCAUCAGCACUCAUUUCUUGCCCCCAAAAAACAGUUUCCAUCAGCUUUCUGGCAGACAUUUGUUUAAAUUCUGUCGGCUUGUUUGGUAAAUGUGUGCACAUUCACUGCUUUUGACUGAUCUUUAAUUUAAACAUUUAUAAACUAAACACAGGUUUCCUCACCUGUUACUUGUAGGAUGUGAUUGAGAUAUUCAUCGCCAUCUUUGUGGUAUUGCUAUAAACAAAGUCAAAACUGAAGCCAUUCUCUGAAUUUUUAUGUGCAACUGUGAGCAUUUUUGGAACCCAUCUCGUGCAAAACUUGUGAUAGCCUAGCCUAACUGAUUAUCUGAUAAAGAAAAAUGUAUGAAAUCUGUCGAAAUUCACAUGAGUUCUGAAAGUGUGAAGCGGUGUCCUUCACAAAUUUUUUAGGUCAUUGUUUUGAACAAGAUCAUCACUCACUACAGAUGGCUGGCGAAACACUUCACUCUUCAUUGCAAAUGUUUGUUCACCCAUCUUUGAACAUUCUACACCACUGUCUUACAGUUCCUUCUCACUACAUUUUGCCCAUAAACAAAUCAUAAUUCACAAUGGAUUUCUGCAGCACACAUGUUUUUAGAAUGAAGGAAGUAAAUAACAAUAUGAAUUUUGCUGCUGGUGGGAUAAUCAAUCACAGGAUACAUCAUAACUAACUCCGUAGGGACAAGAACAUACAUUAGAUGACCAGCUAUGUGAUGUUUACAAAGCAAUGAGUCAUGUGACACUACCUUGCAUGCAUGAGCUAUCCCCUGCUCCUGCAUUAGGUGCCUAAAAUAUAUGGAGAUUACUUUCCAAAUAACCCUUGUAUAAUGACAUGUAAGAGCAUCAUCUUUCUGAAAAUCAUUUACUAUAUCAUUGAUGAAGAAUGACAGUUGUAGUUGAAAAAUUAUCAGGUGCCACUGCAAAGAGUUCAAAAUCUUCCCACUCAGAAUACAACAAAAUUCUCUUUUAAGGCUUCUUUGGGGAAUAGUGGAUCUGAACACUAUAUUGAGGAAAACAUUAAAAUAUUAGAAUUUUAACACUAAUAUUAUUGAUUUGGGAUCAGCAAAAUUGAAUGUUAAGCAAGAAAAACCUUGAGCUACAUUAAAUGGGAAUAAUUGUAUACUGUUACUCUUUUGAUAAUAAAUCAACAUUUGUGCUUUCAGAUUUGUCAAGCACUGGUAACUGAUCAGUGACCCUUAUUUUCACAGUGCAGCAAUAAGGUGUGCCAUAAAUUUGUUACAUAGCGAGUUUCUUACAGUUUGUGUACCUAGAAAGUAACUGAGGAAAAUCAGAGAAAGAAUGAAACUAGGAAGUUUUUUAAUGACAUCAGAUUUUUUAAAACACACAACAGUGCAUUGCCAAGGAUGUGUAGAGAUGCUGAUCGGAAUUUAAUAAUGCAGCAACUACAGGUACUAGAAAAAUGGAAGGAAAAUUUCAUUGAAAUGUUCACUUUGGCCGAAACAGACAAAAUCCCUGAUAUUAUGGAUGACUCAGCGUGUGAUAAUGACUUGUAUACUGAACCUCCAACAUAUGAGGUAUGUACCAUAAUCAACAGACUCAGAAUCAAUAAAGCUGCUGGACCAGACAACAUUACCCCAGAGUUAAUUAAAUUUGGUGGACAAACACUGAAACAGAGGAUACAUAAGCUGACACUGAAGGUCUAUAUGUAUAAAAUAAACUCCAUUCAUUCAUUCAUUUUACAUUCCAUAGAUCCACAGUACAACAGGUAGGAUAUGGAACACGUCAAGUGGUACAUAUAUAAAAGACAAAUAAGCCAAAAAAUAGAAUAAAAUAAAAUUAUGACAAAAAACAUUAUUUAUUAAACUAUAUAUAAAUUCUUUGGUAUGUCAUUAACUCGCAAUAGCCUUAAACUGAAGAUAUUCAUCAAUGGAAUAAAAAUAAUGUGUAUAAAGAAAAUGUUUUAGACAGGCUUCAGAUUUCCUUGGAUUAUGAAAUAUAUCUUUAAUAUGUGGAGGAAGAUUGUUAAAUACGUUAAUACCCAUACAGUACACUCCCUUUUGGUAAACUGUAAAAUUUACUGUGGGCAGAUAAUUAUUUGAUUGUCUUGUACCUGUAUUAUGCUUUUCUGAAUUUAAAAUAAAGAGAUCCUUGUUAUUGACCACAAACAACAUGAGUGAAAAAAUAUAUUGUGAUGCAAGAGGCAAAAUUUCCAACUUCCUAAACAAAUUCCUGCACGAAGCCCUGCUCCUACAGCCCAUCAUAAUUCUUAUUAUUCUUUUUUGCAUUCUAAAUAUUUUAAAACUGUGGGGUGAAUUUCCCCAGAACAUUAAGCCAUAGCUUAUGAUUGAAUUAAAAUAUGAAUAAUAAAUAAUUUUCAUCAUACUCGU